AUUAUAGAAGAAGAAGAAUAACUCCUGGUCAGCCAGCCCGGCCAGCCCGGCCGUGAGUUUACAUGUGUUUCCCGUGGCACCGGCGAGGUGAGCUGUCCGUAGCAUGUUUGCUAGAUAUGUAGACUGUGAUGAAAGUGAGGGGGAUGAAGACAGUGACGACAUGGAGCCGGAACUGUACAGCCGGCUUCAUUACUGGAGCAGUGGAUCAGUAAAUUCAGAAACAGAGGAGGAAGCGGACCACAGUGCCUCAGAACAUGGAGACACAGCAAAAUACAUUACUAUCUCAGGAGAGUGCAUGGCGUCCACAUCCUUGGACAGGUCACUCCGUUACCUCAGGAACUAUUCAACCAGCUGCGGCCUUCAGUCAGUGACAGGCCUAAGCCUGGAGGUCAGCUCUGAUUUGGAGGACAACAACAUUGACGUGGAGGACUGGAUGCUGGUCGGUGGAGCAGAAAUGGAAGGAGAUCGUAACAUUCAGCUAAACCUGGAGUUUGGGAGGAAAGACAGUGGGUCUGAGGAAAAGUGGCAAAAGAAAGAGGGUGAUCAGAAUCUGUGGGCGAUUUCUGAGAAAGAUAAAAAGACCAUGACACCUUCUCUUCGUUACUUUACGCCUGGUUUAUUCCUCCCAAACUUCCUCCCGAGGGCAGGAAUCGUCUGCUCGAACUGUCGGAAGACUGGCCACAUGACUCGAAACUGCCCUGCUUCCAAGAGACGUGUUUGCUGUGUACUGUGUGGUCAGCAAGGUCAUCGCCAGUCUCUCUGUCCCUGGCGUCACUGCCCUGUCUGUGGACUUCCUGCGGACACGCACCUGACAGGAGUGCAGAGGCCCCCUCACGCAGACCUGGCCCGGCCCAACAGAGCCAGCCAAGCUCUACCUCCAUGCCCCCUGCUGUCUCACUGUACUCAACCCUGCCUCCGCUGUGGACGCAGUGGACAUUUACAGGAGGCCUGCCCAGACCUCUGGAGGCAGUACCAUCUAACGACUGAGCCAGGAGCCCCUAAAAAGUCAGGCAGAAAUGUUAGAAACCCUCGGCCAGAAGGCUGCUACAACUGUGGCAGGAGAGGACACUCUGGCCAUAAGUGUUUUCAGAAGAGGAUGCCGGGGGCUUCUUCCUUCUCCUUUCUUCCACAUGUUUCUCAUUACGACACAGAAGAAGAAAUCCACAAGCGGCAGACUGCUACUCUCAGCUCCAUCAAAGGCUUACUGCAGACGAGGGCUCGGAAGGGGACGUGGCCAGAGAGGCGGCGAGAGCGUCGGGAGACGAAGCGACUGAAAAGAGAGCGAGCGAGAGAGCUCUCCGCAGGGAAGAGAGAGCGCUCCGCAGGGAAGAGGGAGCGCUCCGCAAGGAAGAGGGCGCGCUCCACAGGGAAGAGAGAAGCGUCCAAAACAUCCCAAAAAGGCGGCCUCUGCUCCCCAUCCCACUGCCCCCCUAAAGGUGCUGCUGGGCGAACCCCUUACCCUCACUUUGCUGCCGAGAAAAGAAAGCGAGCGAGAGAGCGCUCCGCUGGGAAGAGAGGAGCGUCCAAACACUCAUCCCAAAAAGACGGCCUCUGCUCCCCAUCCCACUGCCCCCCCAAAGGUGCUGCUGGGGGAACCCCUCACCCUCGCUCCGCCGCCGAGAGGAGGGGUGGCCCCCGGUGGAUGGGCCGCCUCUCGGACAGGCGGCGGAAGUCUGGAGGCCACGGUGGUCGCAACCUGUACCCACCGGACUCCUCGUUCGUCAGAGGCAAGGCCAAGCGCCAGCGCAGAUAGGACUGUGGACUGGGUUGUUUUUUACAAAUGUUUUCUAGGGUGAGAAUAAAUAAAGUGCCACCAGAGAGUGCCAUUGCUCUCUUGAACAGCUUUGA